AUGACACCACCUUUUAAUAUCACCGACGAGGCAUGUGCGCAUUGCUGGGAUGAGUCAGUAAUGUUGGUUCCAAACCAUCGGUCGGCAGUGCACAAAGAGGAGUGCGCGUACUGCUGUCGAACAUGUCGACAUGAAAUGGGCACGCUAGUUUGCAUGUGUUGCCACAUGGGACUUUGUGUGGAACACGUGCAGAAGCACAC